AUGAAUACGCCCACGCUGAAUCUCCCGUCCACUAUACUCCUAGGAGCAUUCGGAAGCUCUCUUCUAGCUUACCUCCUCCACAGGAAGCUUACGAAGUUGGUGCUAAACAACUUUCAACAAUCGGAGAAAUGGGACCCAGAAAAUGAACUGGUCCUGUUGACUGGCGGCACAAGCGGAAUUGGAAAACAACUAGCUGAAGACCUUUCUAAUCAACGACUCCGCGUGAUAGUACUCGACAUCCAGACCCCAAACUACCCGCUUCCCCGCAACGUGAUUUUCUACAAGGCAGACAUCACCUCUUCCAAGGAACUCGCCGAAGUCGCCUGCCUGAUCAAGACAGAACACGGCGAUCCAACAAUUUUAAUCAACAACGCCGGGAUCUUCGAACAUGGAACAAUCCUCGAGAAAACAGAGGAAAAGAUCCGACGAACAUACGAAGUCAACAAUCUUGCUCAUUACCUAUUGAUAAAGGAGUUUCUCCCGUACAUGAUCCGGGAGAACCGCGGCCACGUCAUCACAGUCGCUAGCGUUGCUAGCUUCGUAGCCGUGGGCGAGAUGGUCGAUUAUUGUUGUUCGAAAGCUGGAGCCCUUGUGUUUCACGAGGGGUUGAGGCAAGAGUUGAAGUAUUGGUAUAAUGCGCCGAAUGUGCGGACGAGCAUCAUUCAUCCACUUUGGGUUGGGACGCCCAUGAUCAAGGGUUUCACAGACCACCAAUCCCACUUUGGACAACCCAUCAUGUCUCCGAAGGUUGUCUCGGGUGUUAUAGUUGAGCAAAUCAUGUCAAGGAGGAGCGGACAGAUUAUUCUUCCUAGACAUCUUUCGAUAGCGGGGUCUAUUCGGGCGGCUCCGAUGUGGCUACAGGAGAUGAUUCGACCGGUCUUUUCCAAGAUUGUCCGACGGGUGAGGAAUAUGCGCGAUCCGAUGGACUGA